AGAAAGUGUAAAAUCUUAUUACCGAAAUUGCCCCAAGUCAAAACCAGCCAGUGUGAGAUCAGAGCAGCAAAGCGACAACGAUCUCAUUCUCUCGACUUUCUGAGACCUCACACACAGAGAAGGUGUAAUUUGGGGCACUGAUGGCGUCAAAGUUGCACCAAUUGCAAUCCAAGGCAGGUCAAGCUUCACAAUUUUUGGCGAAGCAUGGAACUGCAUACUACAGGCAGAUGAUGGAGCAGAACAAGCAGUACAUUCAGGAGCCACCCACUGUGGAGAAAUGUGACCUAUUGGCCAAGCAAUUGUUAUACACUCGUCUUGCUAGUAUUCCUGGCCGUUAUGAGUCAUUCUGGAAGGAACUUGAUUACGUCAAGAAUAUGUGGAAGAACAGGCAUGAGCUGAAGGUUGAGGACGCUGGUAUUGCUGCUCUGUUCGGGCUGGAGUGCUUUGCAUGGUUUUGUGCUGGUGAGAUUGUGGGAAGGGGAUUUACAUUCACCGGUUACUAUCCGUGAGAACAACCACUCGGGAAAAAGUGUUUGGGGGAGAUUGAUAUUUGUAAGCUUUCUGUCAACAUUCAGGUGAUUUAAUUCGCCGACACUCUACAUGCAAGAUUUUGUUUUUUCGUUUUUUAAAAUUUUUAUGAAGUUGAGGAAUUCAAUGGAUAAGGUCUGGUUGCCCAAUAAUCCUCAUGUUUAGUAAUUUCUUUUUAUUUUUUGUGAAGCUACUGCUACUUGUGAUGGUUAUGGUUCUGCUGCAAUUUUCUAUUGGUGUUAGUUUUGGUUGUGCUCUCGUAA